UCAUGCUGCUGCCAGGUCCAGAGUGUGUCAUGGGUCCCUGUACGGCCUCCCAUUGCUGCUGUCUCCAUCGCCACACUCUGCCAUGUGCCACUUUCAGGUCUCCUCACACUCUGCUGCUGGGUUCCAUUUUGUCAUAGGGUGCUGUCUCCUCACACUGCUGGUGGGUUCCAUUUUGUCAUAGGGUGCUGUUAUGGCCUCCCAUUGCUGCUGCCAGGCCCGUAAUCUGCCAUGGGCCCCCGUACUGACUGAUCCUCAUGCUGCUGCCAGGCCCGUAAUCUGUCAUGGGCCCCUGUACCGCCUCCUCAUGCUGCUGCCAGGUGC